AUGGACCUAAUCACGAAAGAAUCCGGCCAGCUGGGCAAGAAUGCGUCUCUACAGGCUUGUGAGGACUCGGUGGACGCUCUGCUCGAGUUUCUGGAGCAGGCAAAGGCCAAUGUCACUGACAAACAAUACAUGGCCCAAGUUCACACCAUGUACACCAGCCAGGUGGCUCCUCAGAUCAUCCAGACACCCAACGAUGUGCACAAGGCCAUAUCGCGGUAUGGAAAGGCACUGGACCGAACGUUCAAGCUCAACGUCAACUCGGCAGCGUCGUCAAUUGUGCAGAUUGCGUCUGAUAACGACGACAGCAAGGAAGCCGUGGAGUCACGUGAGGAACUGAACCGGGCCGUGGCGGUGCAUUUGCUGCGGCUGGGCGAGUUUGACACCGCCAACAUCUUUCUUGGUGAAAGUGCCACCAAAUUGCCUCCAUUGUUGGUGGAGCAGUUCGAGCUGCUGUAUGACAUUCUCAGAUCCAUGGGAGAACGCAAUCUGCAACCGGCUAUCGAUUGGGCGUCGACGCACCAGCGAUUUCUGGACUGCCGAGGCUCAGAUCUCGAAUUCCAGCUGCGAGAGCUCCAGUUUAAGAUGCUCUUGAGUCAGAGAGAUACAAGUGCAGCCCUUGCAUACGCACGUACACAUUUCCAAAGGUACCAGAGACACUAUCUCAAGGAGAUAUCGCAGUUAGUCACCAGCAUUCUUUACAGUUACACUGGAAAUUCGCCAUAUGAAAAGACAGGAGGCGAAGUAUCAGGAGACGAUCAUGCUGUGGCUCUCAAAACUGUUCAGCAGACGCUGAUUAAGGAGUUUUGCACGCUGCUGGGUCUGUCGUCCGAAUCGCCGUUGGUCCAGGCAGUGUCUUCGGGAACUGUGGCUCUUCCUAUUCUCGCCAAAAUGGGCGGUAUCAUGAAAACCAAACGAACCGAAUGGACCUCGUCGAACGAGCUGCCUGUGGAGAUUGAUCUGCCACCAGAGUUCCAAUUUCACUCGGUGUUUGUCUGUCCUGUGAGUAAGGAGCAGACUACGGAUAGCAACCCUCCGUUGAUGUUACCGUGUGGACAUAUUCUCGCCCAUGAUACGCUCAAGGCUAUGAGCAAGGACAGUGACCGGUACCGGUUCAAGUGCCAUUACUGUCCUGAAGAGACUACAUUUCCUCACACGAGAAGGGUCUACUUUUAG